GCGGGCUGUUAGAGGAGGGUGACCGCCAUCGGCCGUUGUCCGCCAUGAUUUGCAGCCAGCGGCCGCCGCCGCAGCCCCGCCGGGCCUGGAGCGCGGCGGGCGGCCUUGCUCGGGGCCGUGUAUCGGGCUGGGCCCGGCCUCUCCCCCUUAGACCGCCAUUUUGUGGUGCGGCGGGACUGACCCCGCCGCGGGAGCGCGGCGAAAGGGGGGUGGGGGUGAGGCCCAGGCCCAGGCCCGGUCGCUGCGGGGCUGCGAGCGGGAGCUGCUCUCGGGGCCGGCCUUGUGCGGGGCCCGGAGGGGUCGAGCCCCCGCGCUGCCCCGCCGCCGGCCCUCCCUGGCCUCAUUCUCCUUCAGCUCCCCCCGCGCCUCAGUAAAGCUUCCCGUGGGCUGGCUGUCUUCCUGGGCGGGCGGGGAUUCACCCCCUUGGCCCUCCCCGGGACUCCUGCUCCAGGGCUGAGGGACCAGCCGUGCCCUCAGUUUACCUGCUGAGAUUGUCCCCGGUGAGGUUGGCUGGGUUCUGCCUCACCUGACCCUCUGUGUCCAAACAGACCGGAGACCUGCAACACCGGCAGGAGCUGAGCUUCACCGUUGAGGAGACCUUGUGCCGGGCGCCGGGGAUGGCCAACGCCGCCUGCAGGAGCCGCUGGCUCGCGCCGGUGAGUUGGUGCCAGGGCUCCGUCUUCCUCGAGCAGCAGCAGCCCGUGGUCGAGCUCUCCUGUGAGAAGGUGCCCACCACGCUCGGCCGUACGCGGAAAUCCAAGAUCAGGGACUUUUUUGGCAGGCUCCGGGAGCGUUUCAGGGGCUUCUUCCAGUGCAGCAAGAUCUGGAUCCGCGACAAGCUCAACCUCAAAAAACCCAAAGCUUGAGUGGGCACCGCCAUCGCUGUGUCCCCCCGACCAUUUGGCCCCCACCCGGGCACUCUGCUUGCAAUAAAUGUCCCUGCAACACUCCUGGUGUCAUCCUGCGGGUCCCUGCGCCGCCCUGUCCCUCCCUGCGCCCCGCCGGGGAGCGGGGACAGUCCCCGGGGGCUCACGGUCCCACAGACACCCCCAACCCCAGACGAGGGGCUCCGAGGGCUGGGGACACCCCACGAGCGGGGCCGUGUCCCCGAGGGGGACCAGACGUGCUACCGCCUGCCUGUGGGACACGCUCGGGACCCCCCAACCCCGUGUCUCCCCCCCAAAAAACUGCCACUCUGUGGGCUGGGGCCAGGCAUUUCCGGGGGGGGGCAGCCGAGCCCCGGGGCGGGUUCCCCAACCUCCUGGGGGGGAUAAAAGGGGCCGCGGGGGGUGGCGGUGGGGGACAAGGAUGCCGAGCUCCUGGGUGCUGGUGCUGGCGGUGCUGGGGGGGGCCUGUGCCCUCCCCGCCCCGGCCCCCCUCGCCUACACCCAGGCGCUGGCCCAGGCCGUCGACUCCUUCAACCAGCGCCCCGAGGUGCAGAACGUCUUCAGGCUGCUCAGCGCCGACCCCGAGCCCAACCCGGACGUCCAGCUCAGCUCCCUGCAGCGCCUCAACUUCACCAUCAUGGAGACACGAUGCUCGGUGCGCUCCGGCGCCCGCCCCGACAGCUGCGAGUUCAAGGAUGACGGGGUCAUCAAGGACUGCUCGGCGCCCGUGCCCGUGCCCCAGCGCGGCGGCCACCCCGCGCUCGACAUCACCUGCGUGGAUUCCACCGUGGAUCCCGUCCGUGUCAAGCGCUUCUGGCCGCUGCUGAGGGUGGCCAUCAAGACGGUGGCCACCGCCGUCAACAUCUUUAAGGCCAUCAAGGGGAAGUGAGACUCCCCCCCUCCUCGAGGUGUUGCCAUCUCAGGGAUCCCCCCUAUGACACCCACCUCCCCAAAUAA